UGAUUACUUCUAUUCUCACUACCAAUAAUAUCCCUGACAUCAUUAUCUUCACCUUGCUUCACGUCACAAAACAUGGCUGCCGGAAUACCUUAUCAGUGGUUUCGAAUUUUACGCAAUCUGUGGAUUGUACUGCAUCUAUGUUGGGCACCAGGGGCCAAUGGUGAUGUUCAGGUUCCCGAUGGUGUUGUCUAUACCGAAUUGCAGAGAACGGCAGAGAUUGGAGAAAAACUUGUUCUUACAUGCCGGUUCUAUGGAACGCCAAUCGCGGUUUACUGGAAGAAAGGGGUCGACCCCACGACGGCACCAAAUCUGAUCACGUGGGUGGAAGGAGAAUCUGCUUCCGGUUCAUGCGUUAAUGACAGAUCAUGCAAUAUUACAGGCGACUACUCGCUCGUCAUCAGAAGCGUCAAAGUUUCAGAUCAAGGCUCAUACAUAUGUAGGGUAUCGAACUACUUGGGGGUCUUAAUCCAUAACUUUACGGAAGUAACCGUCUUUUCGGCUCCCUCUAAACCGUACCCACUUAUUGAGGAAUGCCAACCUGUCAGCAAUGGCCUACAAUCUUGCAGACUUCCAGCCUCUGAUAGUGUCAUUAUCACCUGUACCGCAUCGAGGUACUUUCCGGACAUUGAUCUAUUCUUCCUCCACGAAUCUAUUACGACAAACGCAACAUACUCGCAAAUCAGUGAAGAGACAAACGUGGACGGCACUAAAAACAAAUCGGUUUCCAUCGUUGCCAGGCCGAGUGAAAACCCCUACGUGUGCGUGGCGUCCCGUAUCCCUGGAUCGCAAGACCGAAGGACAGUUAGUUUAACAGUGUAUCCUAUUGAGACAACUGUUGCCAUGACCAUGAUGACGACAUCACAAACUAAUCAAACGACUCCACCUCGCCAGAGACAUGUAGCAGCCAAAGUUGUUGUACCACUUAUUCUGAUAGCAUUGGUAGCUUUUUUUGUUUGCAUCUUCAUCUGGUGGUAUAAGAAGAGACAGACAUCGAAUUACGGGAAAGGGGACUUGGAAGCGUCGCCUUUGCGCCCGAUGCGAGAUAUCAAAGGUAUAUUUAAUCUAACCCCUCCCAUCCUCAGUAGUAUAGAUCAAAAUUGUGUAUUGACUUCUCUUCUUAUAGAUCUUGAAGUGCCCGAAUAUCUUCAGCAAGAGAUAACCCCUUCUGAGAUUCAGGAGUGUGCCCACAGACUCACAGAAAGGCAUGUUAGGAGGUUGGCUACGGCUGUUAAGAUAAAGGAUGAAACAAAAAUCUCCACAAUCAUCGAAGAAAAUAAGGAUGUGCUGUGGGUCGUUGAACAGAUGAUAAAUGAUUGGUUGAUGGGACAAGAAUGUGGCAACUAUGAGAAGAGAUGCAAGCUGGAUGAUGCCAUGAUUGAGAUUGGUCGCCAUGAUAUGACCGAUUCAUUUGGGACAGCGAGCCACAGAGUCCAAUCAGGGGAUGAUCAUAAAAGGGAACAUUCUUAUGCAAAGUAUUUCGAUUGCAGCAGUUUAUUUGAUGACGACAUUGAAUCUUUGCUGAGGUAUCUUCCUUCAGGCGCGAUACCAAUGUUUCUCGAGAAACUGGGGAUUUCACGAUCACAAGGAGACGACGAUAUCGGAGAAAAGCUGCGAUGCUGGAGAGAUCAAAGGAUAGGGAAACCCAAAGGAUGUUCCCUACAAGAAACAACUGCAAUCCUUAUAGAAUCCCUGCAGGAGACAAACAACAAUUACGUGUUGUCCUUGACCGAUGAUGAUCUGGAAAACAUAGCUGAAAGCAUGACCUCUCCAAAGCAGAUGGAAGUACUCGCAUCAAAGCUGAAGAUAAGAUCAGAGGGGCCGCCACUAGAAACCCUGAAAAACUGGAUGGUUGGGUCUAAGAAGGACAAUCGUCGUGACAUUUUGUGGAAAGCGCUCACUUCGAGUGAAUUAUCAGGAUGUAUCGUUCAAGAACUUCAUGCAGAACACGUUUACCAACCGGAGAUUUUAAGGUUAGCUAGGAACAUGUUUUUAAGUGACGUUCUACCACUAGCGAACUUACUCGACAUGAAUAUCAACAGACGGGAUUCCCAGUUGAAAGGAACUGCUAAGUUGUUUCUGCAACUGUUAAAGAAAUCGCAUAAAUUAGACUCAGUUCGUCGUCGUGACUUCUCUAUUGCCAUUAGAAACCUAGGCUGUCUGGAUAUUGCACGAUCUGCAUAUUUUGGUUAUGACGCAAGCCUUAGUGAACUGUGCAACAUGGUAUCAGGGCUGUUGGAAGAUGAAAUUGUGAAGUUGAUGGACAAUCUGGAAUUAGAGAGAGAUGCUCUCUCAGUAUGUAAAGGAACAACAGGAGAAUACGAUAUCGUCAGACUCAUGGAGAUCUGGAAAAGACAACAUAGUUCAGGACCAUUCCACUACAGAUUAAAGUUAGCAUUUGGUCUACGUGCUGCUGGAAAAACCGAGAUUGCCAGAAAGAUUAUUGCAGGUGACUAUGGCACGGUGGCAGUCAAUCCUGAUGUGGUGAAAAGCAUAUGCAACGGAAUGGGCAAUGGUCAACUGGAAAGGCUUGCGGAACACCUUGGAUUAAACGCCAACGGAAAUAACCCUGGUGAUACUUCAGCUCUUGUUAUCCAGUGGGCAGCAGGGUGGUACAAGAUCAAGAAAAAAUUGUUCGAGGUGAAAUCUCGUAAAGAAUACAUUGAUAAUCUCUACAAGGCAGGAUUUGUCAAAUUUGCUGAAGAACUAAUGCUCCUUGAGGUCUCUAGAUUGCGUCCCAUCAAGCAAGUUGUAGACGAACCUUGUGAAAGUGAAAAUCAAGAAACAUCUGAACAAAAUGAAUCUAAGAACAAUUCACCAAUCGAGGAAUGUAACGAGGCAACUGUUUUCCCCCCAAGUACGGAUGGUCAAGACCCACCAAGCAACAAUGAGAAUCAAGACACGCAACUCACUGCUGCUAUAUUGAAUUGCGCAACAGGGUGGUUCAGCAAGUUUGGCAGUUUUUCACUUCUCGAAUCCAUCAAGGGUACGUUCUCGAACGAGGAGAAAUCUCGUAAAAAGGAAAUCGACAAUCUUUACAAGGCAGGAUUUGGCAGACUUGCUGAAGAACUAAUGCUUCUUGAGGUCUCUAGAUUACGUUUCGUAAAGCAAGGGGAGAUGGCAUUAUCCGAUGAUUUCGUAGAUGAACCUUGCGUAAGUCAAAAGCAAGAAACAUCUGAACAAAUUGAAUCUGAGAACAAUCUACCAAGCGAAGUAUGUUCCGAGGACUCAAGUACGGGUGUUCAAGGGACAUCAUACAACGUUGAGAAUGAAGAAAAGCAAAUUUAGGGAUGUGGCUGAACUCUCGGAGGGCUCCUUAAGUUGUACCUAGGGGUGAAAAGACAUUUUUUUCCAAAUUUUUAUCUUAUUGCUGUGACAAAGACGCAAGUGAGAUAGUCAUC